UAACAUAAAUUGAAUACAUGAAAAAUGUAAGAAAUUUGUUCCUUAUCAAAAUUGUAGAUGAAUGUAUAUGAAUAUUUUUCUUUGUAUUUUUGUGAACAUGAAUUAGAAUGGAUAGAAUGAUAUUUCUUUCUCAUUUUUUAAAAGUUGUGAAAUUAAUGGAAUAGUCCAUUUCAAAUAAUUUAUUCCAUAAACUUGUGGAUCCAGUUGGAGCCUUGGCCAAUAACUACAAUGAUAUUAUCUAAAGGUUUAAAAAGCUCCAAUGAUAGGUAAGAUUAAAGGUUUUUGAAGUAUGUAUGAUACUAAAGGGAAAUGAAUUCAUACUAUAAAGCUGAAGUAUUAGUCCUGUGUAAUAUUUAAUUUGAAAAGAUAAUUCCAUUGAUUGGAGAUGGAAAAGGUAUAAUUGCGAGUAUUUUAGGAACGUGUCAAAAAAAUUGUAAACUAUAAAGCUAAUGCAAUAGUUUGAGCAAAAUUUGAAUUGUCUUUUUUUUUUUUGGUUUCUGCACGUAGUAUAGUUGUUUCUUGGUUUUAUAAGAAAACAAGAGUGACGACCCAAAAAAACAUUGUUUAAUUUUCUUAGUGAUAUUUUGGGAUUAAUUAUGAUGAUUUUUAACCAUUAAAGUCUAGUUUUUGAAUUAAUACAAAGUAGAUACACAUCUUCUAUUUAAUUAAGACUUGAACAGAAUGAGGAAACAACAAAUGUUUGUUCUUCAUUUGUAAACUAAAAAAGAAGAGUUUCGAUAUUCAUUACCAGCCAAAACCAUGUCCGCCGUGAAGAAAGUCUCCUCCUUCAAGCUCGCCUCUCUCCUCCGCCGCGAGAAUGAUCCAUCCGCCGCCAUCACGCUUUUCCGAAACCCUGAUCCAGAAUCAACAAACCCACAAAAACCCUUCAGAUACUCGCUUCUCUGCUACGAUCUCAUCAUCACGAAACUCGGCCGCUCCAAAAUGUUCGACGAGCUUGACCAGAUCCUCCUCCAGCUCAAGAAUGACACUCGCAUCGUCCCAACGGAGAUCCUAUUCUGCAACGUGAUCAAAUACUUCGCCCGCGGAAGAUUGCCAACACGUGCCCUCCACGUGUUCGACGAAAUGCCUCAGUACCGAUGCCAAAGAACAAUGAAGUCAGCGAACUCUCUGUUGAACGCGCUCUUAAAGUGCGGAGCUUUCGAUGAAUCGAAGGAAGUUCUCACGAGGGUUGGUGAGUUCGGUAAGCCAGACGCUUGUACUUACAACAUACUGAUCAAUGGAUACACUCAGAGCGGGCGUUUCGAUGAGGCCUUGAAGCUGUUCGACGAAAUGGUCAAGAAGAAGGUGAAACCCACUGGUGUAACCUUUGGAACGAUCAUUCGUGUGUUGUGUAAUGAUUUGAAAGUGAAGGAAGCGUUGAAGAUGAAGCACGAUAUGUUGAAAGUGUAUGGAGUGUUUCCCACGGUACACAUCUAUGCAUCGUUGAUCAAAGCGUUGUGUCAAGUUGGUGAAUUGGGUUUGGCGUUUAAGCUAAAGGAUGAGGUUAAAGCAGACUCAGCCAUCUACUCUACGUUGAUCAGCUCGCUUAUAAAAGCUGGAAGGUCAGACGAGGUGUCAGGGAUCUUGGAGGAGAUGAGGGAAAAGGGAUGUGAACCGGAUACAGUGACUUACAAUGUACUGAUUAAUGGGUUUUGUCUUGAGAAUGAUUUCGAAUCAGCUUAUAAAGUUUUGGAUGAGAUGGUUGAGAAGGGUUUGAAACCAGAUGUUAUAAGCUACAACGUGAUACUUGGCGCCUUGUUUAGAAUCCAAAACUGGAAAGAAGGAGCUUACUUGUUUGAAGAUAUGCCUCGGAGAGGUUGCGUCCCUGAUGUCUUAUCGUAUAGGAUAGUUUUCGAUGGGCUUUGUGAGGGUUUACAGUUCGAAGAAGCGGCGGUUAUAUUGGAUGAAAUGGUUUUUAAAGGGUACAAGCCUAGGAGGGAUAGACUAGAGAGGUUUCUGCAAAGGCUAUGUGAGAGUGGAAAGGUGGAGAUUCUUGGUGAUGUUAUCAGUAGCUUGAAUAAAGGGAAUGCUUAUGAUGCUGACUUUUGGUCGGUUACAGUGCCUGAAGUGUGCAAAGAACCUGUUCUAUCAGAUUCUAUUGAUCUGUUGUUGAACAAAUUGAAGAAAGAGUGUCCUUAAAGGUGAUGGAAAACUGAAUUUUCCAGCAAAACAAGCUCGAGGAAUGAAUCUCGGAGUGAAGAUGGUGCAGAAGAAGGUGGCGGUUCUCUACCAUUACCCUUGCCAUGAUGGUGUAUUCGCCGCCUUGGCAGCUCAUCUCUACUUCGCAGCGAACUCAACCCCUUCCCUCUUCUUCCCAAACACAGUCUACUCUCCAAUCACAAUCAGCCAGCUUCCUCUCCAAGACAUCAGCCAUCUCUAUCUUCUCGAUUUCACAGGACCGCCUGGCUUCGUCCAACAAGUCUCUCCCAAAGUCGACAGUGUAGUCAUCCUCGACCACCACAAAACUGCUAUUGAUACCCUCGGUGAUGUCUCUACCACUUGCAAGAACGUUACCAAAGUUUUGGAUAUAACAAGAAGCGGUGCGACCAUUGCCUUUGACUAUUUUACUCAGAAGCUGAAGGAAGAGACUCGAGGAAACUGCAGAGAGAUGAGUGAUUUCAAGAGGAUGAGGCGUGUUUUCGAGUACAUUGAAGAUGCUGAUAUCUGGAAGUGGAAGCUACCAGAAAGCAAAGCGUUCAACAGUGGGAUCAUAGACUUAGGGAUCGAAUACAAUUUCAAUCAGAACAGUUCACUGUUUCAGCAGCUGCUCUCGUUGGAUCAUGACAGUGUGAUCAACAGAGGAAAAGAGAGUUUGUGUAGGAAACAUAAACUGAUCCACGAGGCGCUGGAACAUUCCUAUGAGAUUGUUCUUGGAGGUGCUGAAGAGUUUGGUCGGUGUUUGGCUGUAAAUGGAGACGAGAUUGCCGAGCUUAGAAGCGAGCUAGGGAAUCAUUUGGCGGAGAAGAGCAAGAAUCUGAAACUCAGAGGUGUUGGAGCUGUUGUUUACAGAGUUCCAGAGCUUGGGGAUGAGACCAAACUGAAGAUAAGUUUGAGGAGUGUUGCAGAAGAAGACACAACAGUGGUUUCUCAGAGAUUCGGAGGUGGUGGUCAUAAAAACGCAAGCUCCUUCCUGUUAAGCUCAACAGAGUUCGAGCAAUGGAAAGUGAAAAGAAACUCUUGUUGUAAUACAUUAAACUAGAGAUGUUUUUUCAUUUUAAUUCUACAUGGAAUGCUAACUUGAACCGGUUUGGUUUACGCAUUGACAUUGAUAAUACAUCUGGUUUUGUAUUGUUUCUUUAGUCUCAAUUCAUGAAUCAGUUUCUUCUUAUGUGA